AUGCACACAUAUACACACGUACAUACACACAUACACACAUACACACGCAUACACACAGACAUACACACGUACACACAUACAUACAUACACAUACGUACAUACUACACACACAUACACGCAUACGCACACAUAUACACACAGACAUACAGACAUACAGACAUACACACAUACACACACAUACACACACAUAUACAUACAUACACACAUACAUAUGCGCAUACACACAUAUACACACAUGUAUACAUACACAGAUAUACACAUACAUACACAUGCACAUACACAUACACAUACAUACACCCACAUACAUAUAUAUAUAAAUAUAUGUACGGAUAUUUAUAA